CGAGGUCUAUUCGUGAUAUAAUAUAUGUAUUACAAGUGUAUAUAUGUAUUGGACUUAUGAUAAGAGGUCUAACAGGGACAGAUAUGUAUGUAUAUAUGCACUGGACUUGUGAUAGACGUCUAUCAGUGUCACAUAUGUCUGUAUGUAUCAAAGUGUGUCUUCAGACUAUAGUGUGACACAUGUACGCCCGUUGAGUCUAUGAUUGGUAUUUUGGCAUUUUCACUAUGAGCCUACGAAGAUCCGAUAUCUGCUUGAAAAUACACAUGCAUAUGAUGUGAUGAUUCAUUUGCGAGCAUGGAGGUUGAUCUACCCAACCAUAUCACAAAGGCUCUCAGUGCUGUCCAGUUGCGAUAUGCUGAGGAUAUUAUCGUGCUGAGCGGACCGGAGAUUCAACGCCGCACUGGCUUGAGCAAGGGAGACGCAGAUAUGGCGUUAUUACUCAGUUGCAGUCGAGUGUAUCCGCUGUCACAUCGCACCGCCGCAGUGGCACUGCACAGCCCCGAUAGUCCAUGGCAGCGCUACCAACCAGUGCAGGACUUGUCCAUCUGCUAUAAAUCGAGCGGCAAGCGGUCGGCCGUAUUAGCAGAGGCGGAGGGGUCUCAGCCCACGAAGCAACGCAAGCUGUUCCACUGGGACAGAGACAGUAGACCCUCUGGCAUACACGCACACGUGACCAAACGCACCCGCCUUACGCUGGGUUGUGCCGUGCUGGAUUCGUAUUUCGGGGGCGGGGUAUUGGUGCCAGGGGUGACUGAAAUCACAGGCGACAGCUCCAGCGGCAAGACACAGUGGGCGUUGCAGUUGUGCCUUACCUGCCAGCUACCACUCAGCAGUGGCGGAUUGGAUGCAGGUGCCAAACACCCUGUGCUGACCCACCAUGCCAUCAUCCUCAUCCUGCCCCCUCCAGGAGCCCUCUACAUCAGCACUGAGGCGGCGUUCCCCACCAAACGACUGGCGGACAUAUCCACCCACGCCAGUGCACGGUACGACGCCGCCCCAGACACCGACUGGGGGGCGCAGGUGUAUGUGGAGAGUGUCAGAGACUUGCCUGCGCUCUUAGCCACCUUGCGCACACGGGUGCCAGCUCUGAUCCGCUCGCGACAAGUGAAGCUCAUCGUAAUCGAUUCAGUGACCUCUGUCUUCCGAGGCAACAGUGGGAGAGACAGGUGUGUGCGUCUACCAGUCGGUCUGCUGGGACUUACACCUUUACUACCCUUCUCACCCGCCACUACUUAUUCCUGGUGCAGCGGUGGUUCUGGGAGGGCUAUAAAAAGGACCGAUGGCAUCUUCCAGCUCGGCCUAGCAUUGAACACUCUCGCCGAUCAAAUGGGGGUAGCCGUUGUGUGUAUCAAUCAGGUUACCGCCGCAAUCAGUGAUGGCGACACAUUCAGCGCCUCCAACCCCUUCGAUGAUGCCAACAGAUCAAAACCAGCCUUGGGAUUGUUGUGGUCGCACAUGAUUCGGCAGCGCAUUGUGUUGUCGCGUCGAGACCGCGGCACACGCUCCUACCUGCCGCUACUGCCCAGAUACGACAUACAGCUAGCGGAUAGCACACGCACACAAACACGGGUACACAUACCCACACCCACACCCACACACCCACACGCACGUUCGAUAGAGCUCCACCGCACACCAUCCGGUUCUGCGGAAACAUCCGCAGACGACUCGCAGUAUACGGGUGGGAUUGUGGGGUGUCCGCUGAGUCCGACACUCUCCGUUAGUGCACCCGUUUCCAGCCAAGCGGAUGCAGAGGUUUGUCCUCCGGAUAGCCGUGUCAAUAUCAGAGACGCACAGGUGGUGCUUGCGCCGCAUUUGGCGAUGGGCAGAGCCGAGUUCGUUAUAUCGCAUGAGGGCAUACACGGGUAUGUGUGCACCCCCGAUCAAACAUAGGGCAACACGUGAUAUGAGGGGAUUGGUGGUGUCCUAUACUAUGGAUACUCAUGCACCAAUGGCUUGUAAAUGAAGCCCCAGAUGUGCUAUGUAUCAAGCAAACGGCAGGCAGUUGAGAGGUGUACCGAAUAUCUGCCUAACGGCUGCGACAGGGUAAAAUGUUGGUAAUGGAUGCUUGAGUAAAUAGUAACCCUCAAACAAACGGGGCACAAACGCCGGACAUGGUCUAGGACACAUCUCAUGAGUCACAGGGCUUGAAGAUGGUGUAUUACACUGCGAGCGCACCAUAAGCAGGCCAGCAAUACACACGGCAAGAGGAUCGAAGACACGGUUCGUAGCGACGCAUACGUAUGUAGUGACUCCAUACGUAUGUGGCAUAUCAGGAUUAGACACACCGCGUGAAAGGACUCUGGACAUAAACGUAUGUAUGACAUAUGACGAUUGCACACACAGUGUAAUAUGCACACACUCGUCAAACAAACGCGGCAAUAACGGGGCGCACAACGACUCGCGUAGUAUGCUGGGAUCGAGUGAUGAUCGAUUAUGUGGCGGGAAAGGACAUGACAUAAGACAUGUGAUACACACUUCCAUGACAUAUGGCGAUUGCAUACGUAGUGCACUACAGACAGGUACGGGCCAACAGAAGUAUCGACUACUUGGCACACAUAGCGACUACACACUUAGUGUAUUGGAGAUAGACAUCGGCAACGGAAACGCCAGCGACGUGGGUCUCAACAAACAUGUGCAUCCGAAUUUGUAACUACAACCUAUAGAUAUAUAUCAGGCACAGUCAUAGAGCAGAACCGUUCGAAGGUGACGAUAACUGUGCUUACCUCUACAGAGCAUAACGUGCUAAGCUAAAACAUAAAAAUAAC